UUGUACGUAAAUAAAUUUUUACAGCACGACGUAACAAUUGCCACUUUGUUAAUUGCUUUGGAAGCAGAUGCUGAAAUAAUUGGCGAUGCCGACCCACAGUAUGGUGCGAGCGUAACUUUCGAACUAUACCGUAUCCAAAAUGAGCCCUACAUUAAAUUGCUCUACUCGAAUACUUAUUCGGAAGAGCCGCAGUCAGUUACUCAUUUCAUUCCGGGCUGUCCAUCGGCUAGUGUUUUCUGCCCGCUUGCAAGUUUCCUUGAUAGCCGGAAGCAUUUAUUACCGUCCGAUAUCGAACAGGAGUGUGGCCUCGAGAUAAGGCAAAGAAGGCAGAGUAGCGGAGGUGCCGGAAUGUUUUGCUAG